AACGGUAGAGGGCGGCGCCCGACUAAUACUGACCGACCCAUAAUCCUUCUGCUCUGAUCGACAUAAUUAUUGUUUAAAAUUAUUUGUGUGAGAGUAGGCACACUAUGGACCUCAUGCGACAGUUGUUUGGUCGUGCUGGUGACAGUGGGGAAAGUGAUGAAGAUCAGCCCGUCAUGGAAGCAACCGGCAGCUCAGAAGAGAUGAAGACACACCUACUAUUGGAGAAGGCACUGCUAGUGAGGUUGCAGCUGUUGAUACUGGUGGGGAAAGCGGUGGAACGUUUGACAUUUCUCUACCUGCUCAGCAUCUGUACCUGGGAGAGAUGGAGGAAGAGGCCCCAGCCAAUAUGGAGGACGAGGAGACCACACCAACCAUGCCCCUUCUCUGUAUUCCAAACAGAGUGCUCUUCCCUGAAGAAACACUACCCAUGCAUAUCAACGACCCUCAUCCCCUCUCCACAGGUGAUUCAGAUGUUGAGAGACGCUAGCACUCGUAAGAAGACAGUGGCAGUGUGCACUGACUUGCACCUCGGGGACAGGCUAGGGGGGAUGAGACGACCCACACAGGACGAGUUGGCUGCUUUGGGGACCACUGCUGAGAUUGUGGCAUUCCGCGAGGAGGAGUCAGAAUACUAUUAUGGUCCAUGCUUUGUAGUCAGGCUCCUGGGGAAACAACGGUUUAGACUACUGAAGGUGGACAGGAGGGUGAAUGGGUUGCUUGAAGGGCAUGUAAAGAUCCUACCUGAAAUAGAGCUUCCCCCUCAUUCAAGUGAUGUAUACGCUUGCCCUGCCCACAUCCGUGACAGUUGCCAUGCAAAACAACUGAUCGCUAGGACACCAGGAUGUUCACUUCACACACGAGCACAGUUAGAGCUGUGUAUAAAUCGAUUGCAGAGUGUAAGGCUAUCUGGUUCUGUAUGCUCUGUUCCUACCUGGGUCUUCAGAUUUUAUGAUACCGAUCAUCUUCGUGAAGUUCUGAUGAAGGAACAGGAGUUGAAGACAUUUGUAAAAAGUGACAAGGCCUCCACAAGACUACCUGAAAACAUCAUUAGCUUGUCCUAUUGGUUGGCUCGCCGACUGCCUAUCAAUGAACCAAGUAAACUGCUCCUUCUCUCCAUCAACUGCCCCACUCAGAGAGUAAUCAAAGGUCUUCAGAUUCUUAAGGAAUUCACAAAGCUGCACUGUUCAAACUGUGACACUGAUCUGGGUCUGAAGGAGGACAUCUUCAGCAUGUCAGUAGACGGCCCUCUAGCUGCCUACGUCAACCCGGGGGGCUACGUCCAUGACACCCUCACUCUCACCAAGGCUGUCCACCUCAACGUACAAGGGGGGCCCUCCAGUGACCACUCUUGGUUUCCCGGAUCCAGAUCCUCCUGGCAGAAUCAUCUUUUUCUUGAGGGCCUGAUCCUGGAAGAAUCUUCUUGAGGUCCUGAUACCAAUGGACGAUUGUGAAUUGUGAGACGUGCAAGGCACACAAGGGAUGGUGUUUUGAGGCCACACGCAAGAAACUGAAACCAGUCAAGUUCUUCGGACUCACCAGAUCAGGACUGGUCAUGCGGUCGAAAGACAACUUUGACGUACAAUAACAAGAUAAAGAUCCCUUCGUUAUUAUAACUAGCUGUAACUGUAAUAAUUGUCAAUAUGACUUAAUGCCAGUAUUAUCUUGUUUUUCUUCA